CUCCGGAAGUUUUCCAGCAGAGACAAGGAGCCUCCUGGGCCCUGCUCGCAGGGGACUUGGCCUCCAGGGUCGUGGCCAGGGUCUCAGGCCGGGGGCGGGGACCGGGAGCGAGUGUGUACGUGCGGGAGGCUCCAGCUGCACCGCCCGGGAUCCCCUGGGAGCGCCGCGGGGUGGGACGGGCCGGGGAGCAGCAGCAGAACUCCGCCGGGGAGCUGGGAGGGCGGAAACCGGGCGCAGCAUGCUCGCGGCUGUCGGGGGCCUCCGGGGCCUCCGCCUAGCGCGCAUCUUCCGCGGGUCCCCCGGAGCGCACGGAGUAGCCGCGACGCGGCCCAUCGCGCCCCUGCGGCCUCGGGGUCUGACCCGCUACUGCAGCGGCCGGGCCGCCAGCGGCUCUGAGCCCCAGGGUCCAGCAGGAAAGGUCCACCGGGUCCCCGCCGAGUACAAGCCUUCGCAAUUCGAUAAGAAAAUCCUGGUGUGGACCGGGCGUUUCAAAGCGCUGGAGGACAUCCCGCCUCGGAUCCCGCCAGAAAUGAUAGAUGCUGCAAGAAACAAGGCUCGAGUGAAAGCUUGUUACAUAAUGAUUGGACUCACCAUUAUCGCCUGUUUUGCAGUGAUCGUCUCAGCCAAAAGGGCAGCAGAACGACAUGAAUCCUUAACAAGUUGGAACCUGGCGAAGAAAGCUAAGUGGCGUGAAGAAGCUGCACUGGCCGCACAGGCUAAGGCUAAAUGAAAUUCCGAGUGACAUGGUGUUAAUCAGAGGAUCAUUACUAUUACCAAAACAAUAAAAGAUAGGUAAAAUAGAAUAUUUAAUGAAA